UUAGCAUAUUCGAAUUUGAAUCUUAACUGAACGGUUUUAGGUGCAAAAUUCAAUGAUAGCAACAGGUAUAUACGUUAUUUUGAGUAUGUAUAUGUGCUCUAUUAGAAAGCGUUAAAGCGAAGUUUUUCCCGUUUUAAUAUUUACAUCAAAAAUAGUUGCAUUCAUAAAGUUUAUACCUAUAGCUUUCAACCCUUUGAUUGCCAAGAACCCUUACACGUGUCAAAAAGAUAUGUUUUUAUGUCGAAGGAGCGCCGGCCGCUUCUCUAGAGACGCCGCGCUCAACGACAUUCUCCACCGGUCUCUUGUCAGCGUCAACGUGCCAGCUCUACUCCAGCCACCGGCAUUAUAAGAGAUGAUGACAAUGUCCCGUUUUCUGCUCCUCGCUCUGCUGUCCAGAGUAGCUGCCGAGGUUUCCACGCCAUCGAGCCUGCUUGGACCCAGGCAUUUCAAUUAUCACCCUUAUGAACAGUACCUUAAGGAGGUCAAGCCUACGAAACAAGGCCCAAUCGUCUUCCCCAACGACGCUCCUCCACCGCCGCGACCACCUCUAAUUGUGACGUCACGGCCUCUCACCGAAUCUAUAGCCAGGACUGAGCUUAACAACUCUGUAGCCGAGCAGAGCCGGGUGCACUACCAGUAUGAUUAUGAGCAAGAGCAACCCACUCUGCCGCCCAUCUACAGGGCGAUAUCAGAUCACGCCAACAAGAAUCUACGGCAGCUGCAGAAAAUACCUACUCACAACAGUAAUUAUAAGAUCAAGGAACCGGACUACCCAAGACAAUACGAAAGCAAUAACGUGAACGAUGAUGACAACAAUGAUUAUAAUCAAGCUCAAAACUACGCGUUCUCCUAUAUAGUACGAGAUCAGAAAACCGGCGAUGACUUCUCCCAUUCCCAACACAGUAGCGGUUCAGCCACCAACGGAGAAUACCGGGUUCGACUUCCCGACGGUCGCAUGCAGAUCGUCUCGUACACAGCUGAUGAGAACGGGUACAAGGCUGAUGUCAGAUAUGAUGAUGAGAAACCUUCUGGAAUUAGUGAUUAUAGAAAUUAUAACAAUCGUGAGCAUAAACAGAACUAUGCAAGCAAUCAGAGACAUUAUGCUAAUAAAAAUGAUUUUGAUACGAGCAAUCAAAUAAAUUAUGAGAAUCAAAAUAAUUACGACAGGAAUAAUAUUGAUAAUUAUAUUAACAAUGUAGAUUAUAAUGCUCGUUAUGAUUAUAAAGACUCUGUUAAAAGAGUUAAUGAUGUAGAUAAUAAUUAUAAUGUCGAUACAAAACCAGUGACAGAAGAUCAUUCAUCUAAAGAGGAUUACCAAUAUAAUGAUCAACAAUCUAAAGACUACUAUGGCAAUGAUUAUUCAUUAGAAUAUGAAGAUAAGUAUAAUAACUUCGAUCCUCAUAAGAGCAAAUUCACCGCUUUUUCUGGACCUAAAAAUCCCAAAUUUGUACCUAAAAAGACUUACAGUACAGCAUCUACAGUUGUACCUUCAUAUGAAGAAUUGAGACCACUUUUCAUUCAAAAGAAGCCGUUUAAAUCACCGUCAAAUAAUGAGUAUUUAUACUCGAAAAUACCAAUUGAAAUUAGCGUACCUUCGACAACACCUAGUCCAUACUUUGACGCAACCACAGAACGAGUAGUUAUCAUAGGUACAUCAAAACCUAAUUUGUACACAAAUAUUAGAAGUAGUAUAGGUCCAAGUUUUAUACCUGUUACGCCUGUUCCAAAAUACGUGAGUCCAGUAGUGACAACGCCUAAAAGUUUUUUGGCGUCUACGAUCGCUUCUAUUGUGAAUUUGAAGAAAAAUAUCGACUUCUCAGGAGCAAAACCAGUUCUGACUAAUACUUUUAUUGAUAAGAUUAAUAAGUAUUUAAGUUAUACUGUAUAACUAAAUUAUUAUUUCAAAUUAAUUUAGUAAGAUUAAAUGCAUUAAAAGGUGUUUCAUAAAUGGA